GGUGGGAUAGGGAGAGAGCCUUAUUAUUCUGUGUAUUGGGUAAAGCGAAGCCAAAAUAAAAUUAAGAAAAUUAAAAAUGAAAUAAUUAAGCACUUAAGACAAUAAUUAACCAGAAGGAGAAGACGAAGAAACUGGUAGUGGUGGUGCUCAUGGCGAUGGUGGUUUCCGAGUAAAAAAAAAAAAAAGGUUUGAGACGAAGACGAAGCAGCAAAAAAAAAGAAGAUCUUCACAUACCAAUUACGAUACACUCUCCGACCGAUUCCACUAAGACAGAGAGACUUUGUUCUGUUUUGGACAAAGGAGACAUGCAAAACUAAUCUGUGUCCUUUGUCUCUCUACAUCGAUUACUCAAAGGUUGUUGUUGAUUGUGAGAAUUAGCUUGUUAAGGAAGGCGUUAUGAUGCAUCAGAUGAAUAAGAAAGAUUCAGCUACUCAUUCCACUUUGCCAUACCUUAAUACUAGCAUCUCAUGGGGACUUGCUCCAACUGAUUCUGUUGCUGUUAAUCGUCGCGGUUCUGCUGAAUCACCUCGCUUGAAGGUGGAUGCAAGGCCUGGAGGACAUGUACAGACCACUAAGCAAAUUAGUUUCCAGGACCAGGACUCAUCUUCUACUCAGUCUACUGGUCAAUCUUACACUGAGGUUGCUAGUAGUGGAGAUGAUAAUCCUUCAAGACAAAUCUCGUUUUCAGCUAAGUCAGGAUCUGAAGAGACUCAGCGGAAAGGGUUUGCCGCUAAUCCUAAAUCAGGCUCGAUCACAGGAUAUCCAAAUAUUCACUUUGCUGCUCCUGCACAGCCUAAUUUCUCAUUUCACUAUGCUGAUCCACACUUUGGUGGUUUAUUAGCUGCAACUUACUUACCACAUCCACCGACAUGCAAUCCCCACAUGGUGGGUACAGUUCAGGGUCGAGUUCCUUUACCAGGGGAGCUCACUGAAAAUGAACCGGUCUUUGUCAAUGCGAAGCAAUACCAUGCAAUCAUGAGGAGGAGGCAGCAACGUGCCAAGCUUGAGGCUCAAAACAAGCUAAUCAAAGCCCGUAAACCGUAUCUUCAUGAGUCUCGACAUGUUCAUGCUCUCAAAAGGCCAAGAGGAUCCGGUGGAAGAUUCCUAAACACCAAAAAACUUCUUCAAGAGUCCGAAGAGGCUGCUGCUAGAGAACAAGAAAAUGACAAGUCAAGCCAGCGGGAUAACAAAAAGGCCAACAUGUCAAGAUUCGAAGCGCAUAUGCUGCAUAACAGCAAAGACCGCAGCUCAACCACUUCUGGCUCAGACAUCACCUCUGUUUCCGACAGUGCUGAUAUCUUUGGACACACUGAAUUCCAGUUUUCAGGUUUCCCAAGUCAGACGAACAGAGCCAUGCUUGUUCAUGGUCAAUCAAAUGACAUGCAUGGAGGUGGGGACAUGCACCAUUUCUCUGUCCGUAUCUGAGACAUUGAAUUCUUGGUGCUGUGUUCAUGUUCCCACCGAAAAGGGGAAGUCAUCCUUGGCUACUAGUUCUUUCGCUUGCUGUAACGUAGCGUUUGUAUG